GCCUAUAUGUCAAUCGCCGUCACCGGAUUCCCCAACAUGUUCCUGAUGGGUUGUGGACCCGGGAUAACGUAUGCCAAUGGGUCGCUAUUGCCCUGUACAGAGGUACAAGCUGACUACAUUGUCGCUUGCUUGUCGAAGUUGCAGAAGCAAGAUAUCAAAACCAUGGAAGUUAACAAGGAUGCGCAGGACGAGUAUAAUAUCCAACGAGAAGCGCUUAUGAAGGAUCUCGUAUUUACUGAACCUUGUCCCUCCUGGUAUAAAGGUGGCAAAGUAGACGGUGAACCGGAUGCGCUCUACGCUGGUAGCACUCUUCACUUCUUGGAAAUGUUAGCUUCUCCCCGAUGGGAGGACUGGAAGUUUGUCUCGCUACAUCCCAAUCGCUUUUCAUACUUGGGCAACGGAGACUCUUCGAUCGAGGCUACUGGAGGUGACAGAGCAUACUACAUCACAAUGCAAGACGCGAGAAACGCUCUGAAAGCCAGUGACUAUCAAGCAGACUGAGUAUGUAAUGAUCCAUAGUGAUUUCUUUUCGUUGUCCAAACAUUAUGAAUACAUAUCAUUGGUACAGAUUGCAAAUGUGAUGCGUUUAUAUGCCUAUAUUACGCACUCCUCGACAUGUCUUGCAUUACUGAUUUGUCAUAAAGCAUCGGAACGCCCACCGCGC